AUGAAAUUUGCACGAUACCUCGAAGAUGCACAAACGCCCGAAUGGCAACGGGCCUAUAUCGACUACCGACUGCUCAAGAAGCGGAUUACCGCCAUUCGACGCGCGAUGGCCUCCCAAGAGCAAACCAUCUCCCCUAUAUCCUCACGAAUCAACACGAACUUGACUGUCCCAUCGCAAGUCUCGGUUGCGCAGACAGAUAUACCCAACUCGCCUCGCUCGAGUCUGUCCGUCGCCAAAUCGACCGAAGGGCAGCAGCCUCCGACCAACUUGAACGACUCGCUUCCGGACUUCCCGGGAGAGUCGUCGCAACGCCGAGACCCAUUUCACCGAUCUACUACCAUGCCUGCGUCGAUUGGGUCCAGCGCGCGACGUACUGCUUCCUUCACACGAAUGUUUUCGUCAAGCAACUCGAGGCUCUCUCGCAGGAUCACUCUCCUCGUCGGUGGCCAAAAGCCACAUCCAUACUCGGAUCUCCCGCUUCGUGAACUCUUGCCCCUCCUAUCGCCCCUCGAACUGGCCUUCUUUACGACCCUUGAUGCCGAAGUCGAAAAGAUCGAAAAAUUCUAUGUAGCCCGUGAACAUGACAUGAAACUUCUUACGAAUCUGCUGGAGCAACAGCUUGCCGAACUGGAUGAGCAUCGAAAACUGUUCAAUGCUGCCCACUCUGUUGGCGCUUGGUCAACAGCUCUUAACGCAAACGCUCUACUCAAACUAAAAACGCGACUUCAGGACGGCGUCGCGGAAACGGCAUCUUCCAAGGACAAGGGGAAGGGUGUUUACAACGGCAGCUCCAAAGCAGCCGAAACUCCCGCGUUCUCAACAAGCAAUUUGUCCCUACCAGAGCAAACGACAGCUACUGGAGCGCACACGCCAGGAACGGCGCAGCUACAUCCGAGCGACUUUCAUGAUGCAAAGCAUAAACUGAGAAAAGCCGUUAUGGAACAUUACCGUGGUCUUGAAAUGCUCCAGAAUUAUCGCAUUUUGAACCUGACCGGUAUUCGCAAGGCUCUGAAGAAAUUCCAGAAAAUAACAAAGAUCUCGGCUCAGAAAGCGUACAAUAGUGAAAAGGUGGAAAAGACAACGUUUGCUUCAGCGGAGGAGAACUUGAAGGUAAUGAUGGACAAGAUGGAAGCCAUGUAUGCGAUACGGUUCACUCACGGAGACAAGAAAAAGGCGUUGGAAAGGCUGCGACUUGGCCCGAUGCAUAAGAGCCACCAUGUCAGCACGUUUUGGUCUGGGCUUUUGGUCGGACUUGCUCUUCCUGCAUUAGCGUCUGGGUUAUAUUACAGCUAUCAACAAGCCACGCGGGACGCCAUACCGGGCUGGGAUGCUCUCCUAUUAGUCUACGCGACAUUUCUUAUACCUGUCGUGUUCUCUUUUUUGGUGGGCAUUAAUGUGCUUAUUUGGUCCAAUACACGAAUUAACUACGUGUUCAUCUUCGAAUUCGACCUGCGGACCCGAAUGGAUCAUCGCGAAUAUUUCGAGAUACCCAGUCUACUGUUUGCAGCACUUUGUGGUGCAUUUUGGCUCUCAUUUGCUCAAAUCGGUGCGCCGUCCGUAGACCCGACAAUAUGGCCGCUUGUCUGGCUCGGUUUCGCUGGUGUCAUAAUGUUGGACCCGCUUCCACUCAUCUUCAAACCGUCAAGAUGGUGGUUUCUUCGGUCUCUCGGUAAACUGAUGACAUCUGGGACACGGCCAGUAGAGUUCGCGGAUUUCUGGAUGGGCGAUCAGUUUUGCAGUCUCGUCUUCUCCCUCUCGAACCUCUACCUUGUGGGCUGUCUGUAUGAUGACGGCUUCAAUAGUCACUGGCGACAAUGUGGAGCGACAUCGCGUCUUUGGCCUCUAUCCUUCUUCCUCGCCAUCCUCCCGUUCUUGAUUCGAUUUGUACAAAGCAUCAAACGUUACGCGGACUCGGGAGUGGGUACUCACUUGGUGAAUGCUGGGAAAUAUUUCAGCGGUAUAAUCGCAUACCUGUGCUACUUCUUAUGGAGGCAUCGGGGCGGAUAUGGCGCCACUUUUAUGACUUGGUGUCUCUUUCAGACGCUUUAUUCCAUCUACGCGGGCUCAUGGGACCUGUUCAUGGAUUGGUCGAUCUUCAAGUUGCAUGAGAAUUACCCGCUUCUGCGAAAGGAGCUGUUAUAUUCCAGCCAUGUCUACGUUUACUACUUUGCUAUUAUCUCAAAUACCCUGUUAAGAUUCGUUUGGGUGAUCUAUAUACCCAAUAGAGGUUUGGAUAUGACGCUAAGGUCGUUUAUCGCCGCUUGCUGUGAGAUGCUGAGACGUUGGCAAUGGAAUUUCUAUCGACUGGAAAACGAGCAGCUCGGUAACAGGGACCAGUACCGUGCAACACGCGAAGUGCCUUUGCCCUAUUCGCUGGACGAGCGGCGUGCUGAGAGGGAUGAUGAGUUUGAGAGAAAAAUGUCGCCCAGGUGGCUGCCCCAACGUGGUUUGAGUUUGCGGCGGCAACGAGGUGCGAUAGAAGUUUAG